AUGAUUGCGUUCUUUUGGGAGAAAUUUGGAAACGAAAAGGCGCAACUUUCGAGGAAUUUGGGAAAGUCGAAUUCAAUAUGUUGGCGAUCCGAUCCUUUCCACGCGUUAUUCUACAUCGUGUUUAUGCUAUCGGUGUGCGCUUUAUUCUCGAAAACUUGGAUCGAGGUCUCGGGAUCCUCCGCCAAGGAUGUCGCAAAGCAGCUCAAGGAACAGCAAAUGGUGAUGCCGGGGUCGAACCUGUACAACCAGCUGAACCGCUACAUCCCAACGGCUGCGGCAUUUGGCGGGAUGUGCAUUGGCGCGCUCACCGUUUUGGCGGAUCUCAUGGGCGCGAUCGGCUCCGGGACAGGAAUUUUGCUCGCCGUGACGAUUAUUUACCAGUAUUUUGAGACAUUCGAGAAGGAGAAGGCGAGUGAGCUUGGCAUCUUCGGGUUCUAA